AGUGAUAGCUUGUACACAGGCGCUGCCUCUAUGCCUUUAUGUUUUGAGACAGGCAUUGUUUAUCGAGAGUGAGAAAAAAACGACGUCGCUGUGAUAUCGUUAUCCGACUCAGUGAGCGCUGUACAAGUGUUUUGUUUGAAGGAAAAUCGACUACCAUAAUCAAAAAAAAUGUCGACUUUCCUUUAUAACAUCGAUACAUUUGCACACAAGAGAAUCGAAAACAAAAUGACGGACUCAAAAUACUUUACAACCACCAAAAAAGGUGAAAUUUUCGAAUUGAAAUCCGAGCUGAACAGCGAUAAAAAGGAGAAGAAAAAGGAGGCCGUCAAAAAGGUAAUUGCGAGCAUGACAGUCGGCAAGGAUGUAUCGGCUCUAUUUCCCGAUGUCGUCAACUGUAUGCAAACCGAUAAUUUGGAGUUGAAAAAAUUGGUUUACCUGUAUCUGAUGAAUUAUGCGAAAUCUCAACCCGAUAUGGCUAUCAUGGCGGUCAACACAUUUGUUAAGGAUUGCGAAGAUUCAAAUCCGUUGAUUAGAGCGUUGGCAGUUCGUACCAUGGGUUGUAUUCGGGUGGAUAAGAUAACGGAAUACUUGUGUGAACCGUUACGAAAGUGUCUACGCGACGAUGAUCCAUAUGUGCGCAAAACGGCUGCGGUUUGCGUUGCAAAACUCUACGAUAUUUCAUCGUCAAUGGUCGAAGACCAAGGUUUUCUUGAUCAAUUGAAAGAUUUGUUGUCCGAUUCGAAUCCAAUGGUUGUCGCAAAUGCGGUAGCAGCUCUCAGCGAGAUCAAUGAAGCCAGCCAAUCCGGGCAUCCACUUGUCGAAAUGAAUUCGCCAACCAUCAAUAAGCUCUUGACCGCUUUGAAUGAAUGCACCGAAUGGGGACAGGUGUUCAUUUUGGACUCACUGUCAAACUACAGUCCAAAAGAUGAACGUGAGGCUCAAUCGAUUUGCGAACGAAUCACACCACGUUUGGCCCACGCAAAUGCGGCUGUUGUACUAAGCGCCGUCAAAGUUCUCAUGAAACUUUUGGAAAUGUUGUCGAGCGACAGUGAUUUCUGUGCAACGCUCACCAAAAAACUCGCACCACCAUUGGUCACGCUGUUGUCAUCCGAACCGGAAGUCCAGUAUGUGGCUUUGCGUAACAUCAAUUUGAUCGUUCAGAAGCGUCCCGACAUCCUAAAGCACGAAAUGAAAGUAUUCUUUGUGAAAUACAACGAUCCAAUCUACGUGAAGCUGGAGAAAUUGGAUAUCAUGAUUCGUUUGGCCAAUCAGAGUAAUAUAGCCCAAGUGUUGAGCGAAUUGAAGGAGUAUGCAACGGAGGUUGAUGUUGAUUUUGUGCGUAAGGCGGUGCGUGCGAUCGGCAGAUGUGCCAUCAAAGUUGAACCAUCGGCUGAGCGAUGCGUUUCGACUCUUUUGGAUUUGAUUCAAACGAAAGUUAACUACGUGGUUCAAGAAGCCAUUGUUGUUAUCAAAGAUAUUUUCCGUAAAUAUCCAAACAAAUACGAGAGCAUCAUCAGUACAUUGUGUGAGAAUUUGGACACUUUGGACGAACCAGAAGCGCGUGCGUCAAUGGUUUGGAUCAUCGGUGAAUAUGCCGAACGUAUCGAUAAUGCUGACGAAUUGCUGGAUGGUUUCUUGGAGGGCUUCCAAGAUGAAAAUGCUCAAGUGCAACUGCAACUGCUCACAGCUGUGGUGAAAUUAUUCUUGAAACGACCAUCGGACACACAAGAACUUGUUCAACACGUUUUGUCAUUGGCCACACAAGAUUCUGAUAAUCCAGAUUUGCGUGACCGUGGUUUUAUCUACUGGCGUUUGCUUUCCACCGAUCCGGCUGCUGCCAAAGAAGUGGUGCUCGCCGACAAGCCACUUAUUUCGGAGGAAACGGAUUUGCUUGAGCCAACACUUUUGGACGAACUCAUCUGUCAUAUCAGUUCAUUGGCUAGUGUGUAUCAUAAACCGCCCACAGCAUUUGUCGAGGGUCGCACGGCUGGCAUUCGUAAAUCAUUGCCGAAUCGUUCGGUCGCUGCAGCAUCCGGCGAAAAUGAAUCCACAUCAAACGAACCCACUGUCAUUCCAAACCAAGAAUCUCUCAUCGGUGAUCUAUUAUCAAUGGAUAUUAACGCACCUGCUGCACCUAUAGCUGCUGCACCAACAAGUACUAUCGAUUUACUGGGCGGUGGUUUGGAUGUUUUGUUGGGAGUCAGUGCAGCACCUUCAGCUGAUGCUGGCGUCGCCGGUGGUUCAGGUCUAUUGGGUGACAUAUUUGGUCUAUCAGCCGCCCCGCCAACGACUGUCGUCAUUCCAAAAACUGUGUGGUUGCCGGCUGAAAAGGGCAAAGGUCUGGAAGUUCAAGGCACAUUUUCCCGGCGCAACGGUCAGGUUUCAAUGGAUCUGGUAUUCACGAACAAAGCAAUGCAAGCAAUGACUGGCUUUGCAAUUCAGCUAAACAAAAACAGUUUUGGAUUGGUUCCAAGUGCACCGAUACAGGUUGGCGCACUGCAACCAGCACAAACCAUUGAAGCUUCACUCAUACUCAACACAACCGGUCCAGUUCAGCGAAUGGAACCGUUGAACAAUUUACAGGUGGCUGUCAAAAAUAACGUGGACAUAUUCUACUUUGCUUGUUUGGUGCAUGCCAACUCACUGUUUCAAGAGGAUGGUCAACUUGAUAAGCGUCUUUUCUUGACAACAUGGAAGGAAAUUCCGGCUGCUAAUGAAGUACAAUACAACCUGAACGGUAUUGUUGGUUCGGCCGAUGCAAUCUCGUCAAAAAUGACAGCAAACAACAUUUUCACAAUCGCCAAGCGUAAUGUUGAAGGUCAAGACAUGCUGUAUCAAUCGCUGAAAUUAUCGAAUAACAUUUGGGUUUUGCUUGAAUUGAAACUACAACCAAACAAUCCAGAUGCAACGCUCAGUCUGAAAUCACGUUCCGUUGAAGUAGCUACAAUGGUAUUCGCAGCCUAUGAAGCAAUCAUGCGAUCUGUCUAAAAUGUCAAAUCUAUUCCAUUAAUUGAUAAUGUCCGAGUAAAACAAAACAAAAAAAUCUUCGGUUAUGCAACGGAAAAACACAUUCAUCCAUACACACUGUGUUUAUUGUAUUCGUAUGAUUAUUUAGAUAUAUAUAUAUAUAUUAAUUGUUACAUUAUUCAUAUGGAUAAGCUAAAUGACAUUUUCUUCAAUGCGUAUAAAUAUACAUCAAAUGCCGA